GAGGAGGCGGCCCGCGCUCACGCGUCCCCGGCGCCUCGAGCGGCGGCUCCACACCGCCCCACCUGAUCCCGCUGGGGCCAUGAGCGUGCCCAGGACGCCGGGGCAGAUGGAGCCGGCCGGGGAGGAGGAGCGGCCGCCACCCGCGCCCGAGGAAGAGGACGGCGAGGAGGCGAUGGCAGCGGCGGUCCCGGCCUCAGGGCCGGCCCAAGGGAGGAGUGCCUCGUCGCGGGAGAAUGAGGGCGACCAGGAGGAGGAGGAAGAGGCGAUGGUGGUCGGGGGCGGGGGCUGCAAGGAGCAGGAGCUGACCUAUGAGCUGCAGCAGGGCUACCGCAUCCUGGGCGAGUUCCUGCAGGAGAAGCACCGGGGCCUCACCGCCCCCUUCCUGCAGCCCUUGGGGGGCGUUGCCGCCGGGGAGGAGGAGGUGGCCGAGGGGCCGCGCAGCUGGGGCCGGGGCAGUCGCGCCCUCCCGCCGCAGCUCGGGCAGGGCAUGUGUCUGCUGAAGAUGGAGGAGAAGUUCGCCAGCGGCCUGUAUGGGGGCAUCACCGACUUCGUGGCGGACUUCAGGUUGAUGCUGGAAACGUGCUACCGCCUGCAUGGGGUGGACCAUUGGAUCUCCAAACAGGGCCAGAAGCUGGAGAUGAUGCUGGAGCAAAAGUUGGCGCUUCUCUCUCGGCACUUGAGAGAAAAGACAACGAUAGCAGUUACAUCUAAAGGCUAUUAUGGAUUGGAGGAUGAAAAGGGAACUGCAUGUACCUCAACGAGGCGUCGGUCAACACCACGAAGUUUGGCAGGCUUGACAAGUGGAGUUUUUGAAUCUAUAAUGGUCCAAGUUUUGAGACAGGAAGAACAGCUGAGAGCAAAAGAAGAAAAAAGGCUUCGGGAGCAGGAAAGAAAAGAAGCAGAAGAAGCUAGUCAAAAGGAAAUGGAAGAAUGGGAAAGAAAACUACUAGCUCAAGCAGCUCCAACUUGUAUGGAGACCUUGUGGGAAAUUCCAGCUAUUGGGCAUUUUCUUUGUUUAGCCCAGCAAAUUCUAAAUUUGCCAGAAAUAGUCUUUUACGAACUGGAACGUUGUCUUCUAAUGCCUCAGUGUAAUGCUUUUCUUUCUAAAAUAAUGACUUCUCUGUUAAGUCCUCCUCAUCGCAGACCUACCUUACAUCGAAGACCUACUUUGCCUUAUAGGACCUGGGAAGCAGCACUAAGGCAGAAAGUACAGCAGUGGUACACUGCUGUAGGGCAGACUGAAAAUCCCGAUAACUGUGCUGAAAAGCUUGGGUUAUGUCCUCAGUUUUUUAAAGUUCUUGGAGAAGUUAAUCCAUUGGAAGAAAAACCUUUUCAUGAACUGCCUUUUUACCAAAAAGUGUGGUUACUUAAGGGUCUCUGUGACUUUGUUUAUGAAACACAAAAAGAAGUUCAAGAUGCUGUACUUGGACAGCCUAUUCAUGAAUGCAGGGAAGUUAUCCUUGGUUAUGAUUAUUUGGAAAAUGCUUAUGUGCAUUUUCCACAGUUUUGUGGUGCAGAUGUACGGAUUUAUAAACAGAGACCUUUUCAGGCCCCAGAAUUUCCAAUUCCACCCAUUAAAAUACAAAGAGUACCUCGGAUCAAACUGGAGAAAUUAAAGUGUGACUAUGUCAGUACAAGCAAUGGUGAACAUAGGUGUAGUAGAGGUCUGUCCUCUGGCUUCAAAAAAGAGCAAGAACUUAAUUUUGAUGCAACUUGGGGUUCUACUAAAAUGAACUUGGAUAAUCAUGACAUCUCUGAUGAAAUGGAUGUGAAAUCUAGCUGUGAAAUUAGAAUUCACAGGCCCUGUGAAAUUAAAAAAACUGAUUGUUAUAAAGAAAAUUUAGAGGAACCAGGGAGUCCAGGGGAAGUUACUGGCUUUGGAGAGCCUCUUAGUCCAGGUGAAAUAAGGUUUAUAGAAAAUCAAGAAAAAUAUGGUGAAGCUUCCAGAGUAAAGCCUGAACCCAGUCCAUUAAAAGAAAAUGCUCUAAAAUCUUGCCAAAUACAUGUAAAUGGAAGUCACAGUGAUCAUCCAGAAAUUAACUGCCACAAAGUUGUAAGGGACAUUCUGUUAGAGCAGAGUCACAAGAAAAUCAAGCUAACUAAAAUGAGGGCAAAAAAGAAGAAAAAGAAAAAAAAGAAAUUGAAAGAUGUUUUAAAUGAAAACUUACAGAGAAAGCGUGAAAGUCUUCAUUCUCUGGCAUUCAAAUCUUACAAACCUGAGAUCCAGAAUAAGUUAUUGAUCAUCAAAAAGAAAGCAAAACACAAGAAGCACAAAUCCGGAAAAAAAUCCAUAUCUAAAAAAGCAAUCACAAAGAAGAGGAAAACUGUCACAAAGUCACCUACUGUACCAGAAUUUCAGCUUAUUUGCACUAAUCUUGAUGAACUCAGGGAAUUAAUCACAAAAAUCGAGAAUGAACUCAAAGAUCUGGAAAACAGUAGAAAAAAAUCGGGCAAAUGGUAUCAUCGGAGGCAAGCUGUAAAAGAAUUGCAUGGUACAUUGAUACGCCUUUUAAAUGAAUUGCUGCCAUGGGAACCAAAGUUGAUGAAAGCUUUUCAAAGAAACAGGAGCCGCCUAAAGAAAGACUAUGAUGAUUUCAGAAGACAGCCUGAUCAUGAUAAAUUUACUAGAGAACUGUGGACUACUGAAGAAGGUGAAGGAGAUCCUGGAAAAGAAUCUCCUAAAUUAGAAAUUAUCAAGUGUGUAGAUGCGACAGAACCUCUAGAUAUCCUGGAAAAAGAACACUUUGAUUCAGAUGAUAAGAAACUGUCUGAAAUAGAUUUUCCUAUGGCCAGAAGCAAGUCGUUGAAAAAGGAAUUGCCUUCUAAAGAUGUUCUGAAGAUUCUGCCUAAAACACUUAAACGACAGUCCAAACAAACAAAUUAUCUGGAUGAUAGCACAAAAGAGCUUUCCCCAAGGAAGAGAGCAAAGUUAAGCACAAAUGAGACAACAGUUGAGAAUGUAGAAGGUGAGAUGCAGAUUGACUGUUUGAAUGAAUUAAAGCAUACGGAGCCACUGUUUCCAGAGUCAUUUGCCUCAAUGGAUUCAACACCAGUAUCUAUUCUCCAGAAAGGGACCAAACCUAUUCAGGCCUUGCUUGCAAAGAAUAUUGGGAACAAAGUGACCUUAACAAAUCAACUGUCCCCUUCCACAGGUAGAAGUCCUCCUGCAGUGGAAAAAGCAAUUCUGUCUCCUCCAGAAGCAAGCCCCAUAAAGCCAGCAUUGACCUGCCACAGCAGUACAAAAGGUCCUUUACAAAUGGUCUACAAAAUGCCCUGUGGCCAGUGGUUGCCCGUAGAUCUCCAAAACAGCUCUGUGAAGAUUCAGAUGCAACCUGUGCUAGAUCCUAAAACAGGAGAAAAAAUCAUGCAGCAGGUUCUCAUUCUGCCUAAGAAUUUUGUGAUUCAGCACAAAGAAGGGAAAGCAGUUGCAAAAGAAAUACUGCCACUUGAACAGAAAGGUACAGAACAACAUUGUUCAUCUUUCCCACAGACAGCAAAUGUAAACUCUUCUUUAGCAUCAGUUCUUGUCAGCUCAGCGGGAACUGUUUCUAACCAACUACCUAAUAUAGUUUUCAAUAGGACUAUUACACCUUUGUCAAAUGUGAGUAGUGGUAGGCCACAACCUUUGUCACCUAAAACCUCCAUAAGUAAUUUUUUAACACCACCAGUUAAAACUAGCCAGAGUGAGUCAGGAAAAGGCAAGCAUGCAGUUUCAGCAGCUACAUUCUCCCAGCCAGUUGCUUCAUCCAUUUCCUCAACAGUUCAGCCUCUGUUAUCAGCAUCUACACUAAGUAGAUCUACAGAUCCUGGUAGUUCCCUUAACUGUUUUGCACAACAAACUGCUGAUUCUUCUGAAGCAAAGCAAGAACUGAAAACUGUGUGUAUAAGAGAUUCACAGUCAAUUCUUGUUAGGACACGAGGUGGGAACACUGGAGUUGUAAAAGUACAGACCAGUCCAGAUCAAAAUUCACCUAAUAGCUUAUCUGCAAGUUCAGUUUUCACUUUUGCUCCUCAGCUUCAGGCAUUUCUGGUGCCCAAAUCUACAACUUCAUCAUCCUCUGUUUUUUCACCCGCAGUUGGAAUAACUACUACAUCUAGUCUCCCACCUUUUAGCCAAACACCAACUUCUGUUUCUAUUCCAACUGGCUUUAAUCCGUCAGUGGGGAAGAAUCUCAGGCUUACAUUAGGCCAACCUUCCUGCAGUGGUAAUUUGGGCCACAUGAUAGAUAAAGCUUCACACAUGCCUUCUUCUCCCUUAAAGUCCUCUGUUUCUUCUGGCGUUCUACUACCAUCAACAGCAAAUAAUUCACUAAGUGUAAUUAGCAUAUCAACAGGAAAUCUUGGACAAACCAAUGCAAAUGUUAUUCAUACUCCAAAUAAACAGCAACAAGUAGAUUAUUUCAUGAAAAAUUUCCCUGUUACAAGAUCAGAAGCAACAGCAGCAACAAAUGGAGAUGCGAUCAGCGGGACUGCAGUUCACAAACUUAUGUUGGUGUCAGCUCCAUCUAUUCUUUCUUCUGGCAGUGGAACUGCAAUUAAUGUGACACCUGCACCAACAUCUACAGGUGUUUCUGCCCAGAAAUUAGUUUUUAUUAACGCUCCAAUUCCUAGUGGCUCUUCAACUCCAGCUAUUGUAGCAGAACCAUUAAAACAAACUCUUCCUCCCCCUUUGAAUAAAACAUAUGUUAAGAGUCCAGAACAACCCCAGAUAGUGCUAAUUCCAUCAACAGUGGGAGCACCAAUAAAAAUAAAUUCAUCACCAACUGUGUCUCAGAUAAAAGAUGUGAAAAUUGGACUGAACAUAGGUCAGGCAAUUGUAAAUAGUUCAGGCAGUGUGCCUGCUGUACCAUCAAUUAACAUAUUGCAAAACGUAACCCCAAAAGGAGAAGAAAAAAGUACGAAAGGCUAUGUUUUGCCAUUGUCAACAAGUGGUAAUUCAAUUCCCGUAAGCUCAAAUUUUGUGAGUCAAAAUAUUACUCCUGUUAAUGAAUCAGUGGUUUCUGCAACAAGAGCAGUAAACAUGUUUUCAGUAACAGGAGCAAAUAUGUCUUUGGGUUCUCUUUCAGUGACCUCAACCUCUGCUUCUGUUGGGACACGACCUCCUGUUUUAGUCAGUGGAAAUGAUACCUCUUCAAGAAUUAUGCCUAUGUUGUCAAAUAGACUUUGCACAUCAAAUCUCGGAAACACUGUGGCUAUAUCAACUGUGAAAACAGGACAUCUUGCAUCAUCUGUUCUGAUUUCAGCUACACAACCAACAGUGUCUCCUAAAUGUUUAACGUCAGCUUUGCAAAUCCCUGUUACUGUUGGCUUGCCUACACCUGUGACUAUAUCCCCUAAAAUAAUCAACACAGUUCCACAAGUGGCAACAGUACCAGGAGCCACACGUCCUAUAUCUCUUUCUAAAAGACAAUCUUGGACUUCUGUCCAGUUUCAGUCACCAGGGACUUCAACUACAGUGCCAACAAAUAUAAACACAAAUAAACCUCAGACUGAAUUGCCACCCCUUUCACCAAGUCCAGGUAAAGUAAUUAAUAUUUCCAAUUUUGCUUCUCUGCCAAACCAGCAAAAAAUAUCUCCUGCUUUAGUAAAAUCAACUCCCAGUUACAGUUCAGCUCCAGGUGGUUCUGCCAUUCACACUGCUACAGCACCAUCUAAUGUAAAUAGUGUGAUAGGGGGUCAGUUCAGUGAAUCUUGUAUUCAGCAAAAAAUAGUCAUCAACACCAGUACACCUUUGGCACCUGGCACUCAGAUCAUGAUUAAUGGAACCCGGUUUAUUGUUCCACCACAAGGUCUUGGAGUUGGCAGCCAUGUUCUUCUUAUAUCUACUAAUCCAAAAUAUGGACCUCCCUUAGUUCUUAACAGUGGCCAAGGCCUUCCACCUACAUCAGUAGAUAACCCUGCCGAGAUUACACUAACAUCAAAUAAUUCUUUAAGUGGGCAGCCUGUGAAACAGUCUCUAAGAAGCUCCACAAAAAUUGUAAACUCUCUUGGGAAUGCCAGUCAUCUACCCACAGUACAUACAACUCCACAAAUCAUAAACACAACUGCUAAAGUUUCUGUUCCACCUCCCACACCAACAGUGUCCUUGACUUCAGUAAUUAAGUCUCCUCCCGCUCCUCUUUUGGCUAAGACAUCUUUGGUUUCUGCCAUUUGCUCUACUAAUCCUCCACUGCCAAGUAAUACAUCAGUAUUUCAUUUGGACACAUCAGUCAAAAAAUUGUUGGUUAGCCCAGAAGGAGCCAUUUUGAAUACCAUAAAUACUCCAGCAUCUAAGGUUUCUUCUGUCUCUCCAUCUCUGUCUCAAAUUGUCGUAUCUGCCAGUCGAAAUCCUGCCUCUGUCUUCCCUACUUUUCAUUCAUCUGAUUUAGAGAAUCCCGACACAGCUGCAUCUUGAAUUUAGACUAAAUGAGCCAGUUUUUAAAUAAUGGGGCAUUGUUUUGACUCUCAAAAAAAUUUUAACUUUAUUAUACUGUUGAAAACAUGCUAUACAUAGUUGUGUGUGUGUGUGUGUAUUAAUGUAUCUUUUCAUUAGCUUGCAACAAGGCUUUGUUUUCUUGGGGAAGAAAAGAUCUAUUCCAUUUCACUCAUUGGUAUGAGUAUGUUUUCAAAGAAUGCUUAAAAUAGACAGUUAGGAUUUACCUGUCUGUGUCGCAUAAAUUGAACAGUCAAGUUUCACUAGUUUGGAGUAAGCUAGCUGUUGCACAUUUGCAUUGACAUGUUUCUUCUUGAAUUUGGACUAUUGGAACGUGUAUCUACAAUACGAUAUCUUGUGUCAUUAGUGAAAUCUUGUUUUUGUUUCUGUAAAAAUAUAAAUAUAUAUAUAUAUUUAUGCAUUGUGAAAAUGCAGUCCAUUGUGUAAAAUUGUACAUAUUCCUAAAUCCCUAACAACCUGUACUAAACUAUAUGUACAAAGAACUAUGUUGUCUUAUUUAUGUUUUGUUUACAUAAUGUAUAGUUUUUUAAGUAUUUUAGUAAUUUUGGACCAGUGAACUGUUAGCAACAAUGCAGAGGAAUCUGCAUGUAAUAAAUUGAGUUGCUGUAUUUCUGCGUUUGAAUACCAUUUUUAAAGUGCGUUCUUAUCCCGUUGAAAGAAUACAUUAUAUAAAAUGAAGAUAGACCUUUACAAAAAGGAAUUAAGGCUGGGAAAUUUGAAUUAAUGGCUAGCAUUUGCACAAUGUUUUGCAGUUUACAAACUUUACUUCACAUAUUUAAUUUUCACAGUACUCUUGAAAGGUUACCCAGCUAGUGGGUGGUAAACCUGAGCUGGUAGUGGUAGACCUGAUGCUUUAAAUCUUUUUUCCAUAGACUGUGCAUUACUUCUGGUAUAAAAUUUCACUCUGGAUUUCAUUGUUUUAAGUUUUUUCUCUUAUUUCACCACCAAAUUCUACAUUGACCAAAAUAAGUAAUCUUCUUUCAGGCCCAGUAUAUUUGGUAUGUGUUUAUGCACCUCAGAUAUGUUUUAUUAACUUUUUAUUUUUAAAUCUUAGAUUCACAAGAAGUUCUGAUGCUAGUAUGAAAAGGUUCUACAUACUCCUUAGCUUCCCUCUGAUAUGUCUAUUUUUAUACUGAGGUGUUUUUUCAUAAUUAACUGAUUUUCCAAAAUGAUAAAAACAUGAAUUUUUCUUUUUAAAUUUAGAAUAACAAAUGAAUAUGGACACCUUCAAUUAUUUAUAAGUAUUCUUUGCUUUUAUUGUAUUUUUCGAUCACAGAGCAGUUACUUAUAUUCUGUUGUAAAGCAAGCAAUUUUUAUUGGUCACCUUAUUCUCAGGGUUUGACUUUGUGGUAUUUCAGACUAUGCCUCAUUUUAAAUAAAAGAUAGAUUUUAUUUCACGAGGAACACUGAGUAGUGUAUAGAAUUGUUAAAAUCACUAUAUUGUGUACCUAAACUAUAACAGUGUAUGUUAACUAUACUGGAAUUAGAAUUAAAAAAAGAAGAACAAAGGAACAUAGGGAAGACAUGCGCGCACGCACACACACACAAUGUGUAAUUGUUUAGUUAUAAAUAAAUAUUUUUAAAAAGACAAAGCAAGAAGAUAGAUUUUAUAUUAAAAAGUAAAAAAAAGAUUUUAUAUUUAUUGAAUCUUUAUAUCCAUGAUCUUAUUUGGGAUACUGAUUGUAUACUCUUUCACAUUACGUUUAUAAUGAUAUUGUUAAACCUCGUCACGUGGAGUUAUAGUCUGGAGUUGAAAAUAGAGAAGAGUAGACCUAAGACUUUCUUUGAAACUACAUUGAAAUUUAUUAGUUAUCAAAGUGGAGAGGGCAGUGAGAGUGUUCGUGGAAAGUUGCUAAAGGCUCUCAAAAAAUUAUAGUUAUGUUCUAAAACAGUACCUUUGCCAAUUUUGUCUAUGCUUUACUAUGUGGUCACCCUCCCCCUCUCCCUAUCAGUUUAGGAAGACCUUAGAUUUCAAGGGGAUUUGGGUAAUGUUUGGAAAUUCAUUGAAUUGUGCCUAGAUGGUGCUCAAUAAAUGAAUAUAUUUACAUAC